AUGAGACCCCUGGAUGAAUCCAAGACGAGAUGGGACGAGACGCUUAAACAGUGCUCCAGUUUCGCUGACUUGCAGAGAGCCGUCAAGUUCAACGGACCUGGUAGCCCAUGCGUGUCUGGCUGCCGAUCCGUCUGUUGGAAGGCUUUUCUGCUCUUCCAGGACGUGGAUCCCGCCAACUGGUCCCAUGUCCUGCUUGAAAACAGAAACUCAUAUAGCUCCCUCCGGGAACACCACCUGAAGUACAUCAAGCAUCCAGAGCUCCUCAACGAGCUGUCUUUGGACCCCCUUGCAGAUGAUCCUGACUCACCAUGGACUGCCGUUCGGCACGAUGAGGCCAUCCGUGCCGAGAUAUUGCAAGAUGUUCAGCGUCUACCAGACGAGCCCUUCUACCACCAAGAGAGCACGCAAACGCUUAUAUUGGACAUUCUGUUCAUCUGGGUCAAGCUGAACUCAGACCAGGGCGGCUACCGUCAGGGAAUGCAUGAGCUCUUGGCCCCUCUCCUCUAUGUGGUGGAUGGAGAUGCAAUCGAUCGUAAGAACAUCGGUGAUGCCAUAGCAGACCCCAACAUGGUCGAGAUGCUGGAUUCCUACUUCAUUGAGCACGACACCUUCGCUCUAUUCUCCAACCUCAUGAAGCACACGAAGCCAUUCUACGAAGUCAGCGUGGACGCCGGCAGUUCAGUGUCUGGUGAACAAAGUGCAAUCGUUGAGAAGAGCAGGAUGAUCCACGAAGUUGCGCUCAUGAGAAUCGACCCUGAACUCGCCAAGCAUCUGCAGAAUAUUGAGAUUCUGCCUCAGAUCUUUCUAAUACGAUGGAUCCGGCUUUUGUUUGGAAGAGAGUUCCCGUUCGAGCAACUCCUCGUGCUCUGGGAUACCAUCUUUGCCUUCGAUCCGACUCUAGACCUUAUAGACCUCAUAUGUGUUGCCGUUCUUUUGAGGAUAAGAUGGACAUUGCUCGAGGCGGACUAUACAGUUGCACUUCAGCUGCUACUGAAGUAUCCCGCCCCUGAGCCACCCCACGGCCCUCAUACAUUUGUCGACGAUGCCCUAUACCUACAAGACCAUUACAACGCUGCUGGAGGCUCUUCUAUCAUCAUGAAGUACACAGGCAAGACGCCCACGCCAAUAUCUGAGCAAAGCCCCUCAACACCCGAGGCGCAAUUCCAGGGCUUGUCGCUCAGGGACCGAACUCGCAGCACCCGAUCCCCUCUCAGAUCCCCUGCACGCUUCAUCCAGCAGCGAGGCGUGGAAGCCCUAUUUCAAGGCGCCGCCAAGAACGUUAUAGAGCGUGGCGAGAAGCUAGGUAUCAACCAAGCCGUACGCGACGCUAUGGGAGAAAUCCGGAAGAACAUGCAAGACUUCCAGGAGGCAAGAAGCAAAACUGCAGAUCACAGCCGCUCCCGUUCGAAUACGCCAAGGCACAAUAAUUUGGCGAAUGGUACCUUAAUCUCACCGGUAGAUGAUUUGAGAAGGACGAUAGCAGAGCUAGAGCAGAGGAAUAAGCAGUUGGCUCUUUUGUUGGACGAAGCAAUCACGGGACUCAAAGAAGUGUCCGCAUCAAAACUCGAGAGCGACAGGGAGAAGACUCUUGAAGGCGUUGAACUGGCUGCGGCUAAGGCACAGCUCGUCAAGGUCUAUUUGGAAAACCCAUCGCUCGAGCUACCACAAGAUGAGCCUCGGGAGGACGACAGGGCACCUCCACAAAUAGUGGUAGAUGACCCCCUGCCCGUUCCCGCAGUAGCAGAAGAUCUCAGCCCAGCAGCGGGCAACAUCAACAACGAGGCCUCGCCAAGCCUGAUGGUCGCAGCCGACGAGAUGAUGGUCGACCCCGAGGUACCAGGCACACCCAAGACAGAGGCAACGAUGGAAGGCGUGGAGCACUCGUCACCUCUGUCACCCACGCAGCCGGCGCCGCCGCCAGCCCUCCUCCGGCCGACCGCCGUGCCGACGAGGUCGACGAUGGCGCAGUCAUCCUUCGCCUUGAUGCUCGAGCCGGACCAGAGCCCCUCGGCCGCCUCCUCCUCGUACUCGCCCUCGUCGCUGCCGUCGAGCGCCACCGCCGCACAGCACCCCCACAGCAGCCGCAAGAGCCCGCGCGUCAGCGUCAGCCGCGACCGCAACGCCUUCCUCUUCGGCGAGGUCACCGACCAGUCCGGCGCCGCCGCCGCCACCAAGGCCUUCACCUCCGAGGACAUCUUUGGUCUGGAGCCGCUGCGCAGGCCCAGCAAGGCCAGGGGCAAGUACGAGGACCUGUUCGGGGGGGCUUUGACGGAGGGCUGA